AUGUCUCUCAAUGCUCUGCCCUCGGAAAUAAUAUCCCUCAUUUCAGGCCAUAUACAUUCUAUGACGGACCUAUUCAGAUUUCUACGAGCAAACCAUAAGCUGUACAACGUUCUUAUUGGCGAGUUUUUCAAGAAAAACAUCAAAUCUGAUGGAGGGUCUGUCCUCGUGUGGUACGCGAGUCAUGGUAACGAAAAAGGGGUGCAGUGUAUGCUGGCAGCUGGCGCAGACGUCAAUGUCCGAUCACAUGGCCGCGAGCAAUCAACAGGGCUUUUGGAGGCGAUAAGUCACAAUCAUACUCGUAUUGUGCAGCUUCUGCUAGAGAAUGGAGCAUCUCCAGAUAUAGCCGACCUCCGUUCUCGAAGGCCAUUGAAACUGGCAACCAGUGGACGCAGCGACAUCGCUAUCACCAAGAUGCUGCUUCACCAUGGAGCCAAGGUUAAUUCUGUCGCGUUUGAUAAGCUGUCUCCUCCGUUGGAAUCCAUACGAUCAAACUAG